AUGUAUUUCGAUCCCGCGCACCAGGAGAAGGACCUCCGGGUCCUUCGCAAACUCGUUCGCGACUAUCCUCUCGGCGCGCUCAUCACCGGGAUACCCUCGGCGAACCACCCUCACUUGCAGAUGAGCCACAUCCCCUUUGUGCUCGACGUCGAUGACGAGUCCAGCCAGACCGAGCUGGGCCGUCUGAGAGGCCACCUCGCCAAGCAGAACCCGCAGAGCAAAGCGAUGAUCGAGUCCGUCCAGGAGAGCCCAGACAACGUGCUGGAGCAGGACGUCCUCGUGGUCUUUACGUCGGCAGACCACUACGUCACGCCCAAGUUCUACGCCGAGACCAAGCCAUCGACCGGCAAGGUAGUGCCGACCUGGGACUAUGCCGCCGUGCAGGUCUACGGGCGGGCCAAGAUCUUCCACGACUCCAAGUCGGAAGAGAAGUCAGACUUCCUCCAAGAGCAGACCUCCGCUCUCAGUUACCAGAGCGAGACGAAGAUCAUGGGCUACACCGGCGUCGGCGGUGCGCAGGCGGACUGGAAGCUUUCGGACGCGCCCGACAAGUACCUCGAAUUCAUGAAGAAGAACAUCAUCGGGAUCGAGAUCACCAUCGACAGGAUGGAAGGCAAGUUCAAGAUGAGCCAGGAGAAGAGGGGCGGUGACAGGCAGGGCGUGAUCCAGGGCUUUGCCUCACUCGAGACUCGGGGUGCUCCAGAGGUGUACCAGAUGCUCAAGGAAAGGAAUGCCCUGAAGGACCAGUCAGUGUGA